AUGGUUCGAAUCAGGAUUUUGACUCAUUUUUUUAUACUUCAGCUCAUUGAAACGCCGCCUUGUCAUCGCUCAGGGACUAGGAGACUGUUUACUGAUGCACUCUUCAAAUUGGCGCAAAGAUCCGGAUGCUACCCUCAGAUCCUUCUCCUCAAGGACGUUGAGGUGUCGCAAAACGAUCCUAUAGGCGUUGGUGGCUUUGGCACUGUCUACCAAGGCCGUUACAAAGGGCAAGCGGUAGCAAUCAAGCAUCUUCGCGAUUUUUCGUCUAAGCGCGCCCAAAAGUGUGCUCGCGAACUUGUUAUUUGGGCAUGUAUGGAGCACCCCAAUGUCUUAAACUUCUACGGGGUUUACCUUCUCAACGGAUUGGACUCUAGUGCAUGUCUGGUAUCGCCCUUGAUGGAGAAUGGCAAUCUUGUUCAAUACCUUAACCACUCCCCUGAUGCUAUCCGCGAAUCUUUGCUCUACGAUAUCUCCCUGGGCCUUGAGUAUCUUCAUACACAAAGCAUCAUUCACGGCGAUAUGAAGCCGGAGAAUGUAUUCGUUGCCCUCGAUGGUAGAGCGUGCAUCGGAGAUUAUGGCCUCGCUAGCGUAAACAGCGCAAGUCAGAAUUGGACAACAAAGUCGAGAAGUCUAAACUCUGGAACUCUACGUUACCAGGCGCCGGAGUUAUUCAAAGACGCGCAAAUCGGUCGAGCAACAGACAUGUACGCCUUUGGCUGCAUAAUCUAUGAGGUUAGUCAAAUCACAACAUGGCUUGUAGUUCAACCGCCUCUCACAAAGAAUUAUGAACGAUCUGAAGGUUACUACCGGAAACAGGCCAUACCACCAAUACGUACACGACGUUGCGGUUCUGACUGCGGUCGUUGGGGGAGAGUCUAUGACUACCCUUGA